AUGUGCCGGGAAAACCUAGCAGCCAUUUUCCACGCACAGGAUAGAGACGAUGAUACGGCUCAUGAGCACGAAACUGUCAUCAAUGCAUGUAAGCAGAGACUCAUAUACAAGCGCUUCGGGAGAUCAAAACUUCAGCGAGUGUGUAUCGAGAACUGCCUGUCAACCCAAGGUGCCAGCAAGGAUCUAGGUGAGAUAACAAUCGACAUAAUCUUAAGUAAUACUAUUGAGGUUAUGCAGCUGGAUUACUUCCCGUUAUCCAGACGUUGGGCCCUCCCAUGUUUUGAGCCUCACGAUCUGCGGAUCUUUGGGUCUGGGUAUCCAAUCUCAUUGUGUACAUCAGAUUCGAACCAUUCAGCGGGGAGCCUGUCUAUUGUGUCUGUCAAAGGUAACCAGUUCCAGAUCACGACGGUAACAGGACGUCCCGGGGACGAGUCCAACCGACACCAUGAACAACGGGCCAGUGAGUAG